AUGAAAUUCAAAAGUCUUCGCCGUCACAAGAAUGAUGUGAAGAAUACCUUGGGCUCGCAAUACUAUGAUCCCAAUUGGAACCAACCACUCGAAGAAUUCUCCUCAUCCAAUUUAUACAAACAUUCGUCGACUGACAAAAACAACUCGACAUAUAAUAAUACACGAAAAUUUCCACCUUUAUCUUCAGAUUCAAAACUAUCCGUAUUUUUCGGUACGUCAUUUUCAGCGUCUGCAAACUUUACGAAACCUGAUCCUUCUAUUUAUAAAUCUUAUCCGAAUUGCAGUUUUUCUCUCUCAAACAAUGAUUCAGCUUCCUAUCGGGUAUCGAUUAACAAAAAUAUACAAUCUUUUAAUACAAUUGAACAUCGUUAUGAGAAAGAUCUUUAUCCUGGUGGACAUUUCUUCCCAAAAACAUGCCGGCCUAAGCAACGUUUAGCGGUGAUCAUAUGUUACAGAAAUCGUGAAUCACAUUUGAAACUUUUUCUUAAUCAUAUACAUGCUUUUCUUCAGCAGCAACAACUUGAUUAUACAAUAUUUGUUGUUAAUCAGCAUGGUCAAGAACAAUUUAAUCGAGCUGCUCUAUUCGACGUUGGCUUCCUUGAAGCAAUAAAAUUAUAUUCAUUCGAUUGUUUCAUUUUUCACGACGUUGAUCUUUUACCUGAAGAUUUACGUAAUGUCUACAAGUGUGGAAAGCAACCAAAACAUAUGUCAGUCGCUGUUGAUACGUUCAAGUACAAAUUACCUUAUCCGACUCUGUUUGGUGGUGUAACUGCAAUCAGUUUAACGGAUUUUAUCAAUGCAAAUGGUUAUGCCACUAUUUACUGGGGUUGGGGUGGUGAAGAUGAUGAUAUGUAUCAGCGUGUAAAUCGAACACUGCGUAAAUCAAUUGCACGCUAUCCGACGGUUAUCGCGCGUUAUCAGAUGAUUUGCUCACAUAACCAUGUCUCUGCUGAAGCUAAUCCUAGUAGAGAUAUUAUUCUACGUUCAAAUUAUGAUCACAAGAAGGAUGGACUGAAUUCGAUAAAAUAUGUCUUACACAAAUUAACUUUUUAUAGAUUAUUUACAUUGAUAAACGUGACACUAACUGAAGAAUCAUUGAAUGAGAUUAGCAAACGUAUGAAUAUUAAAUUUCCGAAAAAAACAACAACUAUGAAAAUGCGAGUGUUACCAAGAAAAAGCGCAUAA